AUGGAUUCACUCACCGAAAAGACCGAAUUGCUCUCAUUGCCCCCGGAAUUGCUGCAAGAAGUUUGGAACUUUCUAGACAAGAAAUCACUCAAAGCACUAAGAUCAACAUCGAGACUCUGCAACAAAUGGUCAACACCUCAGCUGUUUCGUGACUUCGCGAUAUAUCCCCACGUUCGAAGUUUUGAACGCUUCAUUAAUGUCUCAAGUUCACCAGGCCUCGCUGUGUUUGUGCAGAGCAUACACUACAAUACCCGGUUUCUUAGAUUAACGGACAUGAUCUUGCGGCGACUGGAGUCGGUAUACAGUAAAGACAUCAGCGAGGAGGAACGACGAAUUGUGACGGAACGUGCUCUGAAACUGCACAAGCAAAAUCUACAGGCUGAAAAUCCCAUGGACGAUAUAACCCAAGUGAUCUAUUUCCAGCGAGCCUUUCCCUCUCUUCCCAACCUUGCCUCGAUCACGGUGCAAGACGCACUCCCCUCAACGUACGAGCACCUACACUCGCCCCGUGAUGGGGGACUUCCACACUUUUACUCUCAAAUAGUGGACGAGACUUGUGGUCGAUUCGAGCACACGAGGCUCGAGCAGGGCAUGUGGGGCCAGCCUCGAUGUAGAAGCACAUACAGCCGAGCUGUGCUGAUGACGCUGCACUGCUUGCCCCGACAUCUGGACAACUUAAAACUUGUCGGAUUGCGAUGGGGGCCCUUUUUAUUACAAGGUGACUUUGCCAAACACGAGGCAUACUUUAGAAGCACCUUCGCGAACCUUAAGUCACUUCAACUCAAAGCUCCGAGCCGUGACCCAAAAUUUCCUCUUCCACUGACCUUUUGCAAUCUCCAGGCCAUUUUGAAAGAAAUGGUACAGCUCCAAUCUCUGACGAUUUCAUUUCAGUCGCUUGACUCGAUCGAGGUAAUUGGCCAACAUAUGGAAGACCUCACAUCUGGUCGAGCGUGCCGUUCCUUCUUCGCGGCUCGAAGGUCCGACAUUACAGCAACUCCGGCACGCCUCAGCUGGAGUCCCAAGCUUCGACAUCUGAAAUUGAGUGGAUUAGUAUGUACAAGCAAAGAGGUGAAAAGCAUACUCAAACACUGUUCGAAAAGCCUGGUGUCGUUAAAACUGGGAGGGCUAAUUCUGGUGCCGGAAGAGCCAGAGGGUCCUAGAGCUUGCCUGGUUGAUUUAUUCAAGUGGAUGCGCAGGCAUCUCAAACUCGAGAAGUUUGGACUUGGAGGGGCUUUCACUAAUGGUGGAAUGCAGGACUGGUUCGUUAAUAAAUGGGCCGAUGCGGACCCAGACAAUACAAGACUCCGAACCAAGCUUCGUGACUACGUCCUCAACGGCGGCGAAUGCCCGUUGGACCACGUCUGUAUCGCGCCAGGCUUCUAUGAUGUCCACAAGAAGUCUCACAUGCACGAGGUACCGUCGACUUUGAAAGAAGGGGGAUUUGGAGGCGACGAGACCUGGGAGAUGAGUUACAAUGACGACGUGGAUAGUGGAGAUGAGAUUGGGGACGAGGACGAGUCUGACUCAGAGCUUGAUUCAUUGCUCGAUGGGCCUUUUGGACCCUACGACUACGAUCCGGGGGAGUUCGAGGACGAGGACGACGAAUCUACCACAGACGAGGAUGAUGAUACAUGGCCGGACCUGCCUGUCGGCCAACUGCCUCACAACUGGUAG